UUUAAGUAUUCAGUUGGCGGAUAUCUUUCGUACGGCUAACAAUUAAAAAAUCAUUUUUACUCUCAGUAUUUGUUGAGUUAAUCAGUUCAUUGAUUAAUUUGGCGGUGUCAUAAUUUGUGUACUUAAUUUUUUUUUAUUAAUUGAAAUUUAUUCGUCGUUUUUUAAAACAAAACUGCAGUAAUUUAAUAAAGUGAUUACAAAACACGUGACACCUUAGAUAGCAUUGCAAAUAAGAAAUAUUGAUAGCAAGUCCAUUAACCUGAUAUAUAUUUAUAUAGAGUGAAUUUGAAAAAAUUAAUUUUAUUUUAUUUAAAUCGAAAAAUAUUUACGGUUAUUUGUAAAUAUUUAUAGUGAGAUUUUAGAUUAAACAAUGGCGGGAAUUGCCAGUCCCGCUUUCUCUGAGGUGGAGAGAAAAAUCAGUAGUCAUAACUUAAGAAUUUCCAUUGACCUUAGUAAGGAAAAUAAUCAAGACGGCGAACAAAAAAAAUCGUACAUCGAAAACAUUGACAGUGAGAACCAUCAGAAUUUCACGGAAUCAAAAUUACAAUUAUGGUUUUCGAACAAACGAGAAAUUUAUAAAUAUAUUGGAAUAAUAAUAAUAAAUAUUAUAGUACUCGCUUACUUGAUAUUUGCAAGUUUAUACUGGUCUAGGAACAACAAUAAUUGCGUAUUCGAAUGGUGUGACGGCUAUGGAAUGUUCUUACUACUUGUCUCUUUCACGUACUUCAGUUUGUGUUACUACUUCAUAAUUAAAAAAUAUUUUUCCAACUUUAUAAAGUCGAUUUUCCGGCCCCUUUGCAACUGCUUAGAGUCAAUCAAUCAGAAAAGAUACGCAUCAUGUUCAAUAAAAGUAAUAUUCUACUUAAUUGUGCUGGCGUCAGUGGUAGUCUUUUUAAUUAACGACACGAUUGGGUCAAGAGAUCGAUUAAUAAGCUGUGUUGGUUUGCUUGUUAUGCUUUCUUUUGGUUUAUUAAUCUCAAAACAUCCACGUAAGAUUAAUUGGAGGCCCGUGAUGUGGGGCCUGAUAUUACAAUUUGGUUUCGGAUUAUUAACCAUACGUUGGUCAGUUGGCAGAUUAAUAUUCCAAUGCAUUUCGGAUAAAGUCGCUAAGUUUUUGAAUUACGCUGAAAGCGGAUCUAAGUUUGUUUUUUCUGACCAACUUGUCGAUGCCAAAGUUUUUGCCUUUUCCGCACUACCAGUGAUCUUUUUCUUCAGUUUUAUGAUUCAAAUUUUGUACUACUUGGGCGCCAUGCAGUGGAUUAUUUUGAAAUUAGGCUGGGCCUUGCAUGCAGUUAUGGGUACGACUGUUUGCGAAUCUCUUAAUGCCGCAGCCAAUACUUUUCUCGGAAUGACCGAAUCUCCGUUAUUGAUAAAACCAUAUAUCAGUAAAUUAACGUCAUCAGAAAUCCACUCAGUGAUGUGUUCUGGUUUCGCUUCAGUCUCUGGAACCGUAUUAGCGGCAUACAUAAGUUUUGGCGCCCAACCGUCGCAUCUGAUAACGGCCUCGUUGAUGGCAGCGCCAGCUUCGCUGUCAUUUUCUAAACUACUUUACCCCGAAACGGAAAAGAGUCAAACGACAUUUAAAAACAUACCACUGCAAAAAUCUGAGGACACUAGUGUAAUGGAUGCGGCAACAAAGGGCGCCAUGGCAGGGAUUCCGUUAGUUUUGGGAAUAAUUGCGAAUAUCGUCGCAUUUGUGUCGUUCAUAUCUUUUUUCAACGCCAUUUUGUCGUGGCUUGGUGCGCUUGUAGGCUUCGCAGAUUUGACAUUCGAAUUCUUGUUAUCGCGGGCAUUCAUGCCCCUGAGUUGGAUCAUCGGAGUGCCUUGGGACCAGUGCGAGGACGUGGCAACUCUUAUUGGGCUAAAGACUGUCGUCAAUGAGUUUGUGGCCUAUCAGAAGCUGGGCGAGUUCAAGAAAUUGGGAAAGUUGACCCCACGAGUUGAGGGAAUAGCAACUUUUGCUAUUUGUGGGUUCGCUAAUCCGGGGUCUGUUGGAAUUAUGAUGGGCGGGUUGGGAGCUUUGGCGCCCGAAAAAAGGGAACAGAUUGCGGCAGUUGCUAUCAGAGCUUUUAUUGGUGGGUCCAUUGUUUGCUUCAUGUCAGCUUCUAUUGCUGGAAUGCUUAUGAAUGAUGACUUCCUCAAUUCAUUGGAAUCCAAUAGAACAAUGUCGAGUUUUUAAUGUUAGAACCAGUACUUAAAAUAAUUACUAAUUUCGAUCGUAACAAAUGAGGAUACUUAAAAAAAACACAAAAUUGUUAAGUUUGUAAAUUAAUUUA